GCUGUUGUGUUUUUGUGUGUGUAUGCUUUAGCAAAAGUUGUCACCCUUUACUUAGUAAAUUUAGUCUUGGAGGAAACAUUAUUAUACUACUACUACUACCACUACUGUCAGCCACCAUUACCACCACCACCACUGCAAUAUUCCUACUACAACUAUCACUAAGACGACUACCACUAUCUCCAAUUAUCUUAUUCACUGAUUUACAAUUACAACAUAUGCAAUAUAGAAGGCCUGCUGAGUUUACACAUACAAGUAACAGAUUCACAGUAAAAUGUUAGGCUAGCCUCGAGUUGCGAACCCCUAAUUCAAUUAAACCCCCUUCUUCCCUGUCAUCCCGUCCAGUCACUAUCGUAGAGUUGUGUAUUAACAAAUCAGGAAGGGCACCUGUUUAUAGGAUUCCCUUCUUCAUUUAUCAACUCUUUUACUUCUGAUCUGUGUCAGUUGACUUUUUUUUUCGUAGUCCUUCCAUUCAUUCGCGCUUUGUUGCUUCUCUGCUUCUCCCCUCUGUUUCUAUACCCCUUCCCUGCUCUGUCUAUCAUCGUCCUUCCUAUCAUAUUUGUUGAAAGAAAAUGAGUAAAAGAGAGAGAGAGAGAGAGAGUGCGAAAAAGUGUGUGUGUGAUGAGAUAAUAUGCAACAAAAUACGAAGAAUUUAGUAGAAAUACUACACUGUCGUAAUACAGACACUCUUUGCUGAAUUUUCUAUUCAUUAAUGACAAUUAAUGUACGUCAUACUGGAAUAUACCGUUUCCUCAGCUUUGGGAAUUAUAAAUAUAUAAAACUAUUUAAAAAGAGACUGUGGCCAUGCUGGAGCACUGCAUGUCAGCGGACAACCAUCGGAUAUAUUUUACAUCAUAUAAGGAUACGUUGAAAAUACGGACAGGAAAAUAGAAUAAGAUACACCACACGCUUAUUGGAUACAAACUGAAAACUUUGUUCUUUGAAACUAAAUCUGUUGCAGUCUACCCUUUACUGUCUUUCCUACCAUAUGUCUCCAGGGAAACAUCUUAUAUUGCCAUUCUCCAAGAGGAAAUCCAUGUAUUUUUAUGAUCCUGUUGCAGUCUACUAUGACUUGGCUGCCAAAGCAUGUAGAUGUUACAGUUUUGUAUGUGGUCAGUAAUGGAAGAGCAGGUGUAUGCUUAUGUUUUGUUCUUCUUUGGAUUAAUUGGUUUAAUAAUCUAUUUCUUCACUGCCUUUGCCCUGAUGGUAUCCUUGUUCAGUGGCCGCCUUUGUUUAUACCAACAAACAAACCCGUUAUUAGAGCAUGACGAACUGCCUGGAGUAUCUGUGAUUAAACCAUUGAUGGGAGUUGAUCCGCUUCUGGAGGAGAACAUAGAGAGUCACUUCAAAAUAUGUUACCCACAGCUUGAACUCCUGUUUUGUGUGCAAGAUGAUCAAGAUCCAGCCAUUGGUUUGGUAAAGCGUCUGCAGGAGAAAUACCCAAAAGUUGACUCACACCUUUUUAUAGGUGAUAAGAAUGAAAUUGUAAAUCCUCUGGUGAAGAAUAUGUCUCCUGCUUACGCCGCUGCAAAAUAUGGUUACAUUUGGAUCAGUACAAGCCGCAUCAAAGGUUUGAAAGCUGCUCUUGAUGAAGCAAAAGGUCUUUCAUGGUAUGGCCGGUAUUUAGCAGAAGACUACUACUUAGGAAGAGCUAUACGAGAUCGUGGAUACAGUUUGGUGAUAUCAGCAUUCCCUGCUCAGCAAAAUGUUGGUCUCCUGUCAAUGGCAAAUUACAAGGACAGAAUGGUCAGAUGGCUGCGAUUACGUUUCAGUAUGAUUCCUUUUGUCACAAUUAUUAUUGAACCCUUAACUGAAUGUCUACCGCUGGGUCUUUAUGGAUCGUGGAGCAUCCAUCACUUUCUUGGUGUUAACCCUUAUUAUAUAUUUUCAUUCCACAUCUUAGGAUGGUUGAUUAUAGAUUAUUUACAAUUAAAAAAUAUACAGCGGACGGGACUGGCAUUUUCAAAGCUUACUUUUGUGAUGGCAUGGCUUUGUCGAGAAUUGAUGACUUUAGUGAUUGUAAUAGAAGCCUUUUUAAAGCCGCAACACAUUCAGUGGGGUAAAAAAACUUACAGAGUUGACUUCAACGGACAUACACAUCUUGUACAAAACAACAGACCAACAUUAAAUGUGUGACAGUCACAUCAACAUAUAAUAAAACAAUCAUUUCACUGAAGACAUGGGGUGGAAAAAAAUAUUCCAGUCUCUAUAAAUUCUUGAUUUCACUUUCCAUUCAAACUUGUUCCUCAGAAUUAUGAAGAAACUUCUCGUGUAUUUUUUGCGAAGAACGCCAUGAGUUUUUGGUCAAGAAUAUACAAAGAAACAGAGAAAGAAGGAAGUCAUUUUUGUAUGCUGAAAAAUUUGCUUCAUCAAAGGUUCUGCAAGAUAGAAUCUGUAUUUUAGCUUUUGGUUUGGGGAUACAACUUGCAUUUAUAAAUUACAGAGAAUGUCUACUAUUAUACAUAAAUUAAAUAUUAUAUGCACUGAAGGUAAUGCAGCAGUGCAAUUCUCUUUCAUUUAUCAUGUAAUUCUCUUCCGCUCUUCAUUGAAGUUAUUUUCUCUUAUUCUUAAAAUGGUCAAAUAUCUGAAUCUUCCAUCUAUUUUUCAAGGCAUCUUUUACAUUUUCUGGGGUUUUUUGCUUCCUUUUGGAACUUCAAGAAUCCCUAAUUUAUAAGAUUUUUACCAACAAAACUAUUUUUAGAAAAAAGUCUAUUUGAAAAUAAUCUCUUCCUAAGAAAGAGACAGAUAGAGUGAGGUGGGGGUCUGUCCUCCCUAUUUGAAAGAUAUAUUUAACUUCCUAAGCAAGUCUUUCCACAUCUUGAUCAUUGACUUUAUAAGUCAGAUGGAAAGAUAUCCACAUGGCAUGCUAAUCCUCUUGGAUAUGACAAUGGACAGGAUGUGUAAGAAUGAUAUAAUUAAUUUGGUGAUGGAAGUGUUCUAAGUGGUUAUUUAACCUUUUUCAUACCAAGCUGCUACCUGAGACCACACUUGGUUCCUUGAUACAAACUUCUUGUCUUAAGUCAUCUGAAUAAAAGCUUUCCAUCAAAUUUUUCAUGUGAAUUAUGUUCCAAAUGACCAAGUUAUUUAACCAAAUUCUUCAUUAUUUUCAAAAAUAAGUAAAGCAGAAGUAGUCUAUUUCAACAGAAAUAUUGUAAUGAUAGGGUUAAUGAAUGAAAGGUCUCUAGGUUGUUCAUGUAAAAUUAUUUUUAUCUCCAUGUAAAUUAUUUUGAAGUAAGUUUUAUCAUUUAUUUUUAUGUGUAACAUAAAAUAUUUCACACUUCUAAAGAUGGUAUGCCAAAGAAAUUAGAAUUUUCAAGCUGACUACAGAAAAAAUAUUUUAACAUUAUACUAUAGCUUGGUCAUGAAUAUAAACAUCUACUCUUGCUCAAAUUUAUUGUGUUUUGGAAAUGUGAGAUUUGUAAUGACUUUUUUUUUUAACAAUGGUAAAAUCAUCAUGUCAUAGAAGUAAGCCCUUAGUUUUUUUAAAUGAUAACUGUUUCAGUGAUAUUGAGUCAACUUUAGUAAACAGAAUUAGUUUUGGCAGUUCUACAGUGUGAUUGCAUCUAUCAUAAUCUAGAUCUGUAUGAGGACUUGGUCUCCGUACUGAAAACUAGUGAAACACCGAUUAACUAGAGAGUGGCUUGUAAAAGCAUAAGUAGCUAAGACAGUAGGGUACUGGAUAUCCGACUAAGAGGCCAAAUUUUAACAUCUUAUUAUCAACAUUCUGUGGUGUCCAUGGUUGAUACUUGGCUUUUCAUAGUUACACUCACCUAGUUGUAAGGUGAUACCUGUCUGGAAGGUACCACAUCUACCUGUGAGGUGGUUCAUAGCUGUGAGGUGGCUCCUAGCUAUAAAUUAGGUAGAGCUUUAGGU